AUGAAACCGUUCGUUGUGAUUCGUAAGCAUGAAAAUCAAGAUAAUGUGGCGUUACAGCGACUUAUCCGAGAGUUCGUGAUGUCCGGUGCUUGGGAAGCCUUUGUUUCAUGUUUAUUUAGAGAGAUUACUCUGCAGUUGAUCGUGCUGGGUUGGGCACUGAUGUUUAUCUUCUUCGGCAUACCCCUUUACAUGUGCGCUCUGGCUAUUCCGUGCGUCAUACUGUUGAUCUGGUUUACGGUAUACGGUAGCUACUACAACAAAUCGACCGAGUUGGCUCUUCGGCCCAACAAAUUGUGUUGGGUUGCAGAGAUCUACGAACCGCUGUUGGAGAUGAAUUCAACGGCCCUGGCUGCUCACAUCGAACGAUGCUACACCGACAGGCCCGGACCUGAAGUCCAGCAGGAGCUGGGAAAGAUGCGGAAGAACAUCAUCGGUACAAUUAGUUGUCGAAACCAUCUCGCGAUGGACAAUGCGGGAUUUAUUACGAGGCUUGCUAUUAGUCCGAAGUAUGGACUAACACCGGUGACCGAGUACCUUAUCCAGCGAGUGUUACAACACGCCUCAGACAGUCAGCUUUACGCGAUCGAAACGGUCACCUCCGAGUGUGAUCAGGAUGUGCGAGAGAUUUACUUAAAAAUAGGAUUCAACAUACGACAAGUUUACCAUAAACAAAUCAUUGGUAACACGUUGAAGGUAAUGAAAUCGCAGCUGGGCAUCGAUUUGCACGAAUGGAAUCAAAGUCGGGAGGCAAUUAACGUCGAAGUGCCCGUGGAGUAG